AUGUUCAUGCUCGGCGCAUGGUUCCUCUUUAACGCCCACUUAAAUGAUGUCCAAUCAGCUGUAGAGACCGGCAUUGCUAGGAGACCAUGGCGAUAUGGGGCAACAGAAGUUAAAGAGCAGCAAAAGAUACUUGAACAGAAAAUUGUGCAUGGCAGCACGAAAGAGGGGACAUCACCGGCGUCUACGACUCCUCAACAUACAAGCGCAUUGAUGCGAAACACAGUCGUCGCAACACCUAGCCCAUUGCUCCCUGAUCGCGUCGUGGUAAUGGCAAAGCUUCCCACAGACGACACAAGCUGGGUACAAACGGAUCUGCAAGACUGGCAAUCAGCCAUUUACGAUAUCGACACCGAAACUCCGCACAGCACAUCGACUCUGGACCCGCUUACGAACGGUACACUGCGCACCCUUCGAAACAAAGGAAUGGAAGCAAAUGCAUACCUCGCAUACAUCGUACAGAAUUACAACAACCUCCCUUCGACAAUCGCAUUUCUUCAUCCACACAAAGAAGGCUACCCAAUCGCCUGGCAUACAGACAACGAAGAACAUUCCAACGUAGUCUCUUUGAAGACUCUCAACCUGAACUUCAUCCAGAGCAAUGGCUACGCAAAUUUGCGUUGUAAUCCGGAGCCCGGCUGUCCGAAUGAAGUGAUGCCGUUCCGAGACCCGCCUGAGGACCAUCGAACAAUCGAAGCAGCAAUGCCAGAUGCGUGGAGAGACUUGUUCAACAAUACAAAUGUACCGCAAGUACUGGCCACUCCUUGCUGUGCGCAAUUUGCCGUGUCGAGGGAUCAAGUACAGAAGCGGUCGUUGGAAGAAUACAAAAAGUACUACACGUGGUUGAUGGAAACUCCGCUAAAAGACGAGACGAGUGGGCGGGUGUUUGAGUAUCUUUGGCAUGUAUUGUUCGGUCAAGAUCCCGUUUACUGUCCCGCGCUUGAGAGGUGCUAUUGCGAUGUUUACAACACAUGUGAAGGUUACUAUCGUUACAAUACGUAA